AUGUUUGAGAUCGAUAGCGCUCAGGAGAAGAUCAGCCCGGCUGCGCGGAGCAGCUGGUGGCAGCGAUGGUCGCUGAGGAGGAAAAUCAUCAUUGGAGCCACGCUCUUGCUUGUCAUUAUAGCUCUUGCCGUAGGACUGGGAGUGGGAUUGACAAUUGCAGGAUCUGAAGAUGAGGCGCCGGGGGAUAAUGGCACUGCACCUCCACCAGUGUCACCUAACGGCACUAUUCCCGCUGGAAUCUGGAAGCCGGUGGCGGGCACGACUUGGAAUUACGAGAUAUUGAGGCCAGUCGGUGAAGUGUCUGCGGAUGCCGAGGUCUGGGAUAUCGACCUUUUCAAUAACAACGAGACUGUUAUUAAUUCUAUACAAGCAGCGGGCAGAAAAGUCCUUUGUUACUUUUCUGCAGGAAGCUACGAAGACUGGCGGCCAGAUAAGGAUGAGUUUCAAGAAUCAGAUCUGGGCAAUGACUUGGUUGGAUGGGAAGGAGAGAAGUGGUUGAACACUAGGUCCGACAAUGUACGAAGGAUCAUGCAAGCCCGAUUGGAUAUGGCAGCACAGAAGAGGUGUGAUGGGGUUGAACCCGACAACGUAGAUGCAUAUGACAAUGACAAUGGUCUGGGCUUGAGCGAGGCGGAUGCACAGGACUACGUCACAUUUCUGGCCAACGAAGCUCAUUCCCGCAAUCUUUCUCUUGCGUUGAAGAAUGCUGGCAACAUCGUGCCUGCCGUCAUCGAUAUCGUGGAGUAUUCGGUGCAAGAACAAUGCAUCCAGUACAAUAACUGCAAUCAGUUCAUGCCUUUCAUUCAGGCGAACAAACCCGUUUUCCAUGUGGAAUACCCCAAAGGCGAUGAUAUCAACAACAACAACCUCAUCGCGAUGGACGCUGAAGAGUCGAUAUGUGACAGUUCUGCUGCUGCCGGCUUUUCGACCAUCAUCAAGAACAUGGAUCUGGACGACUGGAUUCAACCAUGCCCUACCAAUCAAACCUACUCGGGAAACUAA